GCCCCUCCCGUGCUGAGCCUGGUUCCUAACACCCUCGCCGCCUCCCUCACAACCUCACCAUUGCCCGCCGGCCAGACUUCCCAGAGCUUGGCGCAAACAGGCGUCUCUUUCCCUUUAACGGGUCCGGCCCCGCCCCUGCCCUACCCCCAGGCCCUCUGCCCACCCCAGGCUGAUCUGUCAGUCACUGCCCCAGCCCGCGCCCGUCAACCUUCUCCACCCUGGACUCGCUCACAGCCGCCGGCAGCCCAGCAUCCAUCUGCGCUUCAGAACCAGCAAGGACGCUCCUGGGGCCCCUGCAGGUCGCGCUCCCCCGGGAUGCGAGUCCCUGCUCCGACGCCCGGCAGCGGCCGGCACGGGUGCGGCUAUUCUGGACGCCCUGGGAUGAAGCUGUCUUGGGGGCCCCGGCGCCCUGCGGUGGCCAGACCCGCAGGCCCCUGAGGCCGCCGCCCCGAGCGCGCCGCAGCUGGGCUCCCGGAGCUGCCUGGUGCGCUUUCCCCAACAGUGGCAUCUCCUGCUGUCCUUCCUGACUCGGACCCAUGGAGCCAGCGGUGCUGGCCUCGCACAACCACCCGCACCACGAACCAAUCAGCUUUGGCAUUGAUCAGAUCCUGAGCUGCUCAGAAACCCCCGGGAGCGGCCUAGGCCCGGGUCGUGCGGGCCAGGGCCAUGGGGAGAGUGCGGCAUUCUCGGGUGGAUUUCACGGAGCCUCAAGCUACGGCCCCGCGGGCUCUCUGACACCGCUGCCUGGCAGCUCCGGCGUGGGUCCGGGCGGUGUGAUUCGCGUCCCGGCGCACCGUCCUCUGCCUGUACCGCCGCCCGCGGGAGGCUCGCCUGCGGUGCCUGGACCCUCGGGCUUGGGCGGCGCCAGCGGCCUAGCCGGACUCACCUUCCCAUGGAUGGAUAGCGGCCGGCGCUUUGCCAAGGACCGGCUCACAGCCGCGCUUUCGCCCUUCUCUGGGACGCGCCGCAUAGGGCACCCCUACCAAAACCGGACCCCGCCGAAGCGGAAGAAGCCGCGCACGUCCUUCUCCCGCUCGCAGGUGCUGGAGCUGGAGCGGCGCUUCCUGCGCCAGAAGUACCUGGCCUCGGCCGAGAGGGCGGCGCUGGCUAAGGCCCUGCGCAUGACCGACGCACAGGUCAAGACGUGGUUCCAGAACCGGCGCACCAAGUGGCGGCGCCAGACGGCUGAAGAGCGCGAGGCGGAGCGGCACCGCGCGGGCCGCCUGCUCCUGCACCUGCAGCAGGACGCGCUACCGCGGCCACUGCGGCCGCCGCUGCCCCCGGACCCGCUCUGCCUACACAACUCGUCACUCUUCGCGCUGCAAAACCUGCAGCCCUGGGCCGAGGACAACAAGGUGGCUUCGGUGUCCGGGCUUGCCUCGGUGGUGUGAACAACGCCUGUCCGACCCGCUGAGCGCUCCUUUUCUAAACCUAGGCGCCGCGUCGCGCCAGCCCCAGGCCUGGGGCAAGGGGGCACGCGGUUGUCCACGCUGUGGUUUUGUAGCAGCGGAGCCUGUGAGAAGCAGCUGACUUGCUGCCUAUCGGCUAGGAUUCCCCUGCCACCCGCGGGUUGAGCGUUUGGCCGGCGCGCUGAGACGCUGCCUUUCCCGCCACUUACACUUGACGGCUGCGCCACUGCUGGAACCUGAGCCGCUGAGGGGGUGGGACUGCAGUAACUAGCCUGUGAGGUGCGAGGAGGAGGGCGGGCUGGCCAACCCGAGCUGUUGUCCCGAAGUUCUCCCGCCGGUGGGU